ACUGGAAGCGAUCACGAUCAUCACAUGGCAUCAGCCAUCCAUCGGGGAGUCCCUCGCGUGUUGUUCUAGCUAACCAAAACUGACAUUCAACUUCAAAGGAAUCACUUCAGUCUUCACUCCACUUUUUGGCUGGAAAGCUGGUGAAGAUGACCAUGGCUUCCAAAUCGCUUGAUUCUAUAACUCCCUCCGAUAUUGAAUCUCUUGGUAUCACACGAGAAGAUGCUGCGAGCCUUCAUCAACUUCUCAAAGAAAUCGUUGCAAUUCACGGGGUUGGAACUCCGGCCACGUGGCAGAACAUCUCGAAGCGCGUACUCAACCCUCACCUUCCCUUCUCGUUCCAUCAGAUGUUGUACUAUGCAUGCUACAAGAACUAUGGUCCUGACCCGCCCGCUUGGAUACCCGAACCGGCAAAUGCUGUUUUAACAAACGUUGGCCUGUUACUGGAGAGGAGGGGGAAAGAAUUUUUGGGUUCGGCAUAUAUGGAUCCUGUUACUAGCUUUUCUGAUUUCCAGAAAUUUUCAGUCUCAAACCCUGAGGUUUACUGGAGAACUGUACUACAUGAGUUAGAUGUAUCAUUUUCUAUGCCACCUAAAUGCAUCUUACAAGAAUGUACCUCAGGAGAAACCCAAUUAACAUACCCAGGUGGCCAAUGGCUUCCUGAAGCAUCUAUUAACCUAGCAAAGAAUUGUUUAAAUAUAAAUUCUAGAAGAAGUUUGGAUGACAUGGUAAUAAUUUGGCGUGACGAACUACAUGAUGAUCUACCUUUACACAAAAUGACUCUUAAGGAAUUGCGUGAAGAAGUUUGGUUAGUUGCAUAUGCACUCCAAGCUUUAGGCCUAGAGAAAGGAUCUUCUAUUGCAAUUGAUAUGCCGAUGGCUGUCAAAUCUGUUGUUGUCUACCUAGCUAUUGUUCUGGCAGGUUAUGUUGUUGUAUCAAUUGCAGAUAGUUUUGCAGCGCCUGAAAUAUCAACCAGGCUUAAAAUAUCAAAAGCAAAAGUCAUAUUCACUCAGGAUCUCAUCAUUCGCGGUGACAAAACCAUCCCCCUCUACAGUAGAAUUGUGGAUGCUGAGUCACCUAUGGCUAUAGUGAUCCCAACCAGAGGGUCUGGGUUAAGCAUGAAAUUACGUGAUGGUGAUCUUUCUUGGUGUGAUUUUCUGGAAGGCGUUGAUAGUCUAAAAGGCAAGGAAUUUAUGGCUGUAGAACAACUGGCAGAAGCAUUUACGAACAUUCUCUUUUCUUCUGGAACAACAGGUGAUCCAAAGGCAAUUCCAUGGACCAAUGUAACUCCUCUAAAAGCUGCUGCAGAUGCAUGGUGCCACUUGGACAUUCGUAAAGGUGAUGUUGUUGCCUGGCCUACUAAUCUUGGAUGGAUGAUGGGUCCUUGGCUAGUAUAUGCUUCAUUGAUAAACGGAGCUUCAAUGGCUUUAUAUAAUGGAUCUCCUCUUGGGACUGGCUUUGCCAAGUUUGUACAGGAUGCUAAAGUAACAAUGCUUGGUGUGAUUCCAAGUCUUGUACGGACUUGGAAAAGUACAAAUUCCACUGCUGGCUAUGAUUGGUCUUCCAUCCGUUGCUUUGGCUCCACUGGAGAAGCAUCUAAUGUAGAUGAAUACCUUUGGUUGAUGGGGAGGGCUCACUACAAACCUAUUAUUGAAUAUUGUGGUGGUACAGAGAUUGGCGGCGGCUUUGUUUCUGGAUCAUUACUGCAGGCUCAAUCAUUGGCUGCUUUCAGCAUACCUGUGAUGGGCUGCACUUUGUUUAUUCUUGGCAAUGAUGGCUAUCCCAUCCCUCAAAAUGUUCCAGGAAUGGGUGAAUUGGCUCUUGGACCCCUUAUGUUUGGAUCUUCUAGUACGCUACUGAAUGCUGACCAUUAUAGUGUAUACUUCAAGAGCAUGCCUUUAUGGAACGGCAAGGUUUUGCGAAGGCAUGGGGAUGUAUUCGAGCUUACUUCUAGAGGAUACUAUCAUGCGCAUGGUCGUGCAGAUGAUACAAUGAACCUUGGGGGAAUCAAGGUGAGUUCGGUUGAGAUUGAACGCAUAUGCAAUGGAGUUGAUAGCAAUAUCCUGGAAACAGCUGCCAUUGGAGUCCCGCCCGCAGGAGGUGGACCUGAGCAGUUGGUUAUAGCCGUUGUAUUCAAGAAUUCAAACAAUCCAUCACCAGACCUACAUCUACUUAGAUUGUCUUUCAAUUCUGCUCUUCAAAAGACGCUAAAUCCAUUGUUCAAGGUUUCUCGAAUCGAGCCUCUGUCAUCUCUUCCUCGGACAGCUUCAAAUAAGGUCAUGAGAAGGGUUUUGCGGAAGCAGUUUUCUGAGCUUUGCCACAGUCCGAAGCUUUGAUGAAGUUCUUGUUCUUCCAGAACCAUUUAUGGAUAUAAAGGGUAACGCGUGCCACUUGACAAACCCCCCUUUGAUGUUGAUGAGCAUGACCAUGUAUGGUUAAUAAUUGAUAAUAGCAUUUAAAAGAAAAUAUGAAUAAGUUUUUCUAUUGUGGGAUCAAGAAGAAAUGUUCUAUGUAGAUUGGUGGAGACUUGUAAGUAAUGACAAACGCUAGGCGUCUCUAAAUGUCCACUUGCAAGUCCGGCGUUUAUAUGUUGUGUUUAUACCACAAACAAAAAUUAUCCACUUAUUUAGAGAUUUUAAUCGUCGUCAA